AUGGCAUCGACAAUACCGAAAUCUGAGGGCACCCCUACCCCGCCUACAUUCUCAUAUGCGAUGGCUGCAAAAGGUCGCGCAACUUCAACUGCGAACUCAGCUAUGCAGUCAAGCCAAACAUCAGCGUCUGGUGUCAGCACACCUGCUAAGGAAUCGAAUUCUGUAUCAAACACACCUUCGGUGUCAGUCAACGGGGCUGCAGGAUCUGAAAACGGUGAUAGAAAUAUUAAUGGCGCCACCGAAUCUCGGAGCAAAGGCGAUCCAUUGGGAGUUGGAGUGAACACGGAUGCGAAACCAACACCACAAGUAGGCGCUGGUUCUAUGCCAGAGUCACCAAGCGUUGGUGCUGCUUCAACUACAACAAUUUCAAAGGAGCAGGAGGAGCUUGCUUUGAGCAGGACUGCGGAUAUGUCUGAACAAAGGUGGGAGAAAGCCGGGCGAAGCAGAGAAGAAAAACCUUCCGCAGAGAUGAGUGAGGGGAGAAAGCCUAAGAAGUCCAAGAAGCAAAAGAAGGACGACAAGGAGGCAGAUAAGGAGAAGGAGAAAGACAAAGAGGAGGUGAAAGUACCAGAUGUUCCUCUGGUUCCAGCUCCACCUCCAGCUGUAAAUUUCUGGGAGCAGCGCAAGGAGGCACAAGCAGCAAAGACAAAGUCAAGCCCAUCAAUACCUCAAACAGCAAACUCCUUCAGUGAAACUUCAACCUCUUCUCCAACUACAAAACCUACUGACUCGAGACGAAAGGGAAAGAAUUCUGUCGAGGAUAUUGCUUCGAAUAAGGGUCAAAAGAAAGGGCAAGAUGGUCUGGCCAAGGGGAAAGAGGAUUCGGCCAAGCGACCUGCGAGAGGCAGUAGGGGGGGCACUGAUGAAAAAGAUAAGAGUGCUGCUAGUUCAUUACCUCCUCCAGUUGAGGAUUCUAUGGCAUGGCCAACACCAGAAACCGCACUAGAAGAAGAGAAGCGUAAGCUUCAAGAGGAAGACAAAGUCAAGAAAGACGAGAAAGACGAGAACCCCUCCAAUAAACCAAGAACGAAGGAGAAGUGGGUGCCGGUACCAUAUACGCCUUCAGUCACAUUCAACACUCCGUUACCAGUUCGAGGCGGUCGAGGAAGAGGUGGUGCUCGUGUUGGCCGUGAAGGUGGACGUACUAGCCAUGUACUAAAUGGUGCUACUGGAGAAAAGUUGACAGGAGGUGUUGCUAAGCCUGCUGAGUCUGGUGAAGUGAAUGAAAAAAGUGGGGUCCGAUCAUCGUCACUUCCUCCAAACUCUUCUAAGAAGCUUGCAAACGAUGACGAUAUCAGCCGUGAUCCACGCAAGACCGUGGUCACACCAAACGCCGAGAAAGCAAAGGGGGGUGCCCACAAGAAUGAACCUGUAUCACCGACUGAUGGUGCUUCUAUCGUUACCCAGACUGACAAGGACAAACAAAACAGUCACAAAGGACAAGGUGCUGCCGAAGGACAGUCUUCAGCUAAAUCUGGUUUUGGCGACCGCAGAAAUGAUGGAAGCAAGGAUCAGCGAGAAAGAGCUGAAGGUCGACCAGAGAGAGGUCGUGGAGGCUAUCGUGGUAGAGGCUCUCACAAUACUUUCCUCAAUGGUCAACAUGUUUUCGCCAAUGGCCACGCUACAAUUCCCACUUACCAAGGCCGACAAAAUUCGACGCCAUACAGCCCGCCACCUCCGGGACCAUUCAGCCACCAGUAUACCCAAGCUCCUCCCCGUGGCCGUGGUAGCUCCAGAUCACAAUCCAUUCCAAACGUUGCCAUGUACCCAAGAGGCGGCUAUGCGAAUGGUAACCAACAAAUGGCACCUCUGCAAACCAUGUACGACUACGUCCCAAUGCAAGCUUUGAGCGCUUUGCCAUACGGCUCUUUGGCCGACUCCCAAUCUGUGACAUUAUUGUCGAUGGUCAAGAUGCAAUUGGAGUAUUAUUUUUCCAUCAACAAUCUUUGCAAGGACGUUUUCUUAAGGAGACACAUGGAUUCGCAAGGGUUUGUCUAUCUACAUUUUGUUGCCGAUUUCAAACGAAUUCAGUCUCUCUCACGAGAUGUUGAAAUGUUGAGAUAUGCGUCCCAACAAUCUACCGAAAUUGAGAUCGUCAAGGGUGAGGAUGGCAUUGACAGAUUACGAAGACGCGAUGGUUGGGACCAAUGGGUGAUGCCAUCUGAGGAGAGAGUAGAGUCCUUUAAGUAUAAUGACGGACCAACUACCUUGAUUCGCGAAAAUCAUCCACCACCAAGAGAUAUGGGCCAGAUGAUGAUGCCAGGCCAAGAAAUGGGCUCGCCAGCCUUCAGUCCCGGUGGAAAUGACUUUGUGAGAUAUGGACACGGAGCCUCCCAGGUCCCUUUGUCUAACGGUAACGGUAUUCAUUACCACGAAGAUACCCCAUUAUCAGCCGCCGUACCUAACUUUACCCCUGGUCUAUCACCAAUAAAUGGGAACACCGUUCCGACACCUGACCCUUUAGCAUCAGAAACCACCUUCACCGAUGAACAGGUUGAGAACCUAAAUUUGGUAUUUUCUCAAGCUUCCCGCAAGGCUAGCGAUCAAAAGCCUGCCAAGCACCCAUACCACCACUCAUCCUCCAGAACUUUCUCCAAUGGGUCAAUUGAUGGUAGGUCUAUCAAUGAGGAAUUGUAUGAAGAGCGCCAAGGUCGAUCUUUGGUCAAUGGGUCUCACCCGCAAGAGAGCUCUUCAGAUACUGAUCGACGGACGAUUUCUCCAAAUACAGGCUACAACAGCAAUGCUCCAACAGUCAUGUGGGUUAAGGACCAAAGACGACAAGCAGCAAUAUCCGAAUCCAAUACCACUGAGAAAUAUACUAUCUUCCGCGAAAGAGCCAUCAGAGUUCGUGGAAGUAGUCAGCCUGGAGAAACUCAUACCGACAUGAAGUUACUUUAUGAGUUCUGGGCCCACUUUUUGUGCAGAAAUUUCAAUCCAAGCAUGUACUACGAAUUCCGCAGACUGGCUCUCGAAGACAACCACAACAAGGCCUCUACUGGAAUGGAACAGUUGAUUCUUUACUACGAUGAAACCCUCAACAACAAGAAGAGAACUAUCAACGACGUCUUGGCCGGGCAUUAUGUUGAUAUUGUCAAGGGUGAUGACUCCUCGAUCCAGCGAUCUGCAUUCUCAAAACUUCGUGCUUCUUGGCGAAACGGUGCUCUCGACUUGAAGAGUCGAAAAAAGAUUGAUAAUCUACUCGAUGUCAAGUUGAAGAAACAACUUGAGCAAUAA